AUGGACGAUCCUCCCUGUUCUUCUUCGUCUUCUUCAUCUUUGCCCAGACCCAGAGAUGUCUUCCUCAGUUUUAGAGGCGAGGAUACCCGAAACAACUUCGUCACCCAUCUCUACGGAGCUCUGCAACGGGUAGCAGUCAAAGUCUACCGUGAUGAUGAAGAACUUAAAAAAGGCGACGACCUUUCGAAGCUAUUCAAAGCCAUUGAGGAAUCAAAGAUCUCGGUUGUAGUUUUCUCUGAAAACUACGCGACAUCCAAAUGGUGCUUAAACGAGCUAGUGAAGAUCAUGGAUUGCAAGGUGAAUCAGAAACAGACUGUGAUCCCCAUUUUCUACAGAGUAGAUCCUUCCCACGUUCGUAAACAGACGGGAAGUUUUGGCCAAGCUUUUGACGAGCAUGAACUCAGCCUCGGAAAGGACAAUGACCUAGUGCAGAGCUGGAGUGAUGAUGCCAAGCUUAUUGAUGAAAUUGUAGAAAGUGUCUUUAACAAGUUGCUUCGCAUGCCGUCAACGAAUAAAGAGAGUGACUUGGUUGGGAUGGAAUCCUGUAUACAAAAAAUGGAACUAGGAACACCUCUUCAGAUGGAUAAAGUUCGUAGAAUUGGAAUCUCGGGAAUGGGUGGCAUCGGUAAAACAACCAUUGCUACCGCAGUUUAUGACCAAUAUCGUUUCAGCUUUGACAAGGUGUGCUUUGUGCGCGAUGUCAAGGAGAAGUUCCCGAAGGGUGGAGUAAGUUUGCUAAAAGAGAUUCUAUCUCGUUUGUUGGAGAUGCGGGAAGUGCGUAUAGAGACAUUGAGAGAUGGGUACAGCAUAAUGGAAGGGUUGAGUGACACCACGGUUCUGGCUGUUCUUGAUGACGUAGACACCCGAGAUCAAAUUAACACCUUACUAGAUGGGCCUUCAUUUGGUGGUGGAAGCAGAAUCAUUGUAACAACUAGGCAUAGUGACAUAUUAAGUGGAUUUGAGGAACACAAGGCCGAGUUGUCAGGUGAAUCCGAUGCUCUGACACUCUUCCGCCAGAGGGCCUUCAAAACAAACAGACCCUCAAAAGAGUUUGAACAUCUAUCACAGCGUGCUGUAAAAUAUGCUGAAGGUCUUCCCCUUGCACUUAAAGUCAUUGGAUCUCUUCUUGGUGAUAUGCCUAGUGCAUUUGAGUGGGAACAGGAGUUGAAUAAAAUGAAGGACAUCCUGAACCCGGAUAUUCAUAAGGCGCUUAUAAUAAGUUACCGAGGACUAGAUUAUUUGGCGCAGAAGAUAUUUUUAGAUAUUGCAUGUUUCUUUCGAGGAAUGGCUCUAGACUAUGUUACAAAAGUUCUUGACAUACAUGGCUUCCAUCCCAAACCUGGGAUAAAGACUCUAGUACAGAGAUCUCUUGUAACAAUCACAGAGUCCGGUAACGUUGAGAUGCAUGAUUUACUACAGGAAAUGGGUAGGCAUGUCGAAUCUGGUAUGAAAGGAGAGCAGAGGAGAUUUUGGAGUGAAGAUGAGGUUGUGGAUGUGCUGAUUAGAACCACCGAUACGCGAAAUGUGGAAGGCUUGAUGAUGGAGUUGCAGAGCAAGGAAGAGAGACACUUCAAUGCUGAAGCUUUAGAACAUAUGAGGAAUCUGAGGCUGCUCUUCUUCAAUUACGGGCCAUUUUACUGGGGAAAUAAGGGUGAAAAUCACGUGAAAGGGGACUUGAGGUUUCUUUCUCAUAAGUUGAGUGUUCUAGUCUGGCAUAGAUAUCCUCUAAAGUGCUUGCCAUCCACCUUUGACCCCAAAAAUUUUUUUCAGCUUGACAUGCCUGGCAGUCGCAUUGAACACCUUUGGGAAAGAGAUAAGCGUGCGAGCAACUUGACAAGCAUCAAUUUAACGCACUGUCUAUAUCUUAAAGUUACUCCCGACUUGACUGGGUUGCCAAAUCUUGAGAAACUCGAUCUUUCCUACUCAAGUUUAACGGAGGUUCACCCAUCCGUUUUCGCUCAUAAAAACCUUGUGUUUUUGAGUUUGACAAACUGCUAUGUACUUAGGAGUCUUCCGAGCACCAUUCGUAUGAAAUCUCUGAAAACCCUUGAUCUUUCCCACUGCUCAAGCCUUAAGAUGUUUCCAGAUGUUCCGGAAUAUAUGGAGGCAUUAUCAAAACUUGCAUUACCUGGAACUGCAAUUAAGGAGUUACCAUCGUCAAUUGACCGGUUUCGGGGGCUUGAAUCAUUAGACAUGGCAUCCUGCGAGAACCUUAUCCGUCUUCCAGAUAGUAUCUGUAAUUUAGCAAAACUUAGAUCUCUCAAUCUGUAUCGUUGCUCAAAACUUUCUAAGUUGCCUGAGAACAUUGGGAAUAUGGAACCUCUGUUGGACCUUGUAGUAGACGCAUGUGGUUUAGAACAGCUUCCAGUCUCUAUCUUACGUCUGAAGUUCGGUGGGCGGUUAUCGUUUUUUCUUUGCAAAAUGGCGGCUCCCUUUUCAUCAUGGCCAUCAUCAAUAGAAGAUCGUUGUACUGAUGUGGUACAUCUUGAUUUCAGCAGUUGCAAUAUGAUGAAAUUGUCAGAUGCUAUUGCUUGUUUUCCUUCAUUGAAAGUAUUAAAUUUGUCAAGGAACAAUUUGGAGAGCUUACCUGCAGCCAUGAAAGAACUGGGUUGCUUAGAAUGGCUUGAAUUGAACGGUUGCAGGAGACUGAUAUCAAUACCAGAGCUUUCAUCAAGUAUAAGUUACAUAAAUGCACGAGAUUGCACAGAUUUGGUAACUGUUAUAACACCGCAGUCUCCCUACCAUAUCGGUCGCUGCUUCAAUUUCUCUAAUUGCAGUAAGCAGGUACAGGAAGAUGUUUUCAGAGAUAUUGCAGAAAAUCAUUUCCCUCCUCAGGGUAAUCCAUCCCAACCCUUUUCUUUCUUUUGUCCUGGAAGUGAAAUUCCAGAGCAGUUCAUCCAUCAUAAUACGGGGGCUUCCGUAACUGCCAAGCUACCACCAAAUUGGUUCAACAACAACAACAAGUUUACAGGGUUCGCUAUAUGUGCGGUUACUAAUAAGGCCCAGACUGUUCGAUGUUUGUGUACCUUCAAAGGAGAUCACUGCAAGUACAGUUUCAGUUUCUGUUUGUUCAAAGGAGGGCUCCAAUCAAAUCACAUGUUUGUAGGAUAUGUACCGUGGUCUGAACUUGGCAUUAACGGAGAGCAAGGCAAUGGACGCUGUUACACUGAGGCCAAGUUUGAGAUAGAAUUAUCACUCUAUGGAAGACAUCCUAUGCAUUUUGUCGACGGACCUUAUCCUAAAGAAAUAUGCAAGCCGUGUAUCAGAAGCUGCGGAGUUCGAUUCUUUUUUGGCAACAAUGAGGAAGAUUUUGGGGAACCAAUGGAACAAGUUGAUGAUUCUGAGUGGAGGGGCCUCAAGGGGUGCUUGGUUGAACCCAGUAGUAGUGACUGGACAAGUGACACCUCCGAUGAGGAUGAGCAAUACCGUGAGUUAUCACUAGUUUUUAAAGGCGCAAACAGACCAUCGAAUUACCUCACAAUUGAGGACCAUGAGGAUACAUCUGGGCAGAGGAAUAUUAUCAUCAAUUGCAGAGAACCUCUGGAAACAUGGGAGCAAGAAGUCAGAAGUACAAGGGGUAUGAUGCAAGGGUGUUUGGAUGAUGGUUAUGACUGGUUCCUACUGGUCGACGGGUGGAAGAGAUGCGUGUAUCAAUGUGAACAUCGACCUGGCUGUUGGGCCAAAGCCAUAGUGCCAACUCCCAAUAACCCAACAAUCCAAAAAAUUACUUACGAGGGGAGGCACACUUGUUGGAAAACUCAACCAAUGUUGACAUACCAAGUAAGAGUUACACCGGGUAUGGGGAUUGAAUGUCCUCCUGAUGACUAUAGUUGGAGGGAGUAUGACCAAAGGGACAUACCAGGAAGCAGAUACCCAAGGAGAUCCUACUAUGUAUGUACUCCUCAAAAUUUUGGAGGCUGCAUGGCCAUGAAGGAAGUGAGAUGCUCCGAAGAUCAGAAAAUCCUAAAAAUCACUUACAGAUUAAGGCAUACAUGUACACUACCCUCCCCCAGCGUUGGAGGGAGGGCAGAGAGCAGUACCAGGAGUGUUUAUGACCAAAUUGUCCAAUCACCAAGCUCACCAGUUGACAAUCCUGUGGAUGACGACGAUGUGAAUUUGUUACCAGAUGCAAACUCGCUGGAUAUGAAACGUUGCAAGAUAAACUCUGCUAACCGAAAUAAGCAAGAAUAUGAUCAUCUUGAGAGUUCACCUCCCUACCCGAAACUUAUAGCAGUUGCACAAGAGAUGCCAGUAGAAUCAACAAAAAAGGAUUCUGAGUAUGAUGAGGAAGAGGAUGAUGUUGAUGACAAUGGGAUUGGUGAUGAUGAUGAUGAUAAUGAUGUUGAUUAUAAUGUUCAUGAUGAUUAUGCUGGUUUUAAUGAUGAUGUUAAUGAUGAGGAUGCUGUUGGAGGUAAUGUUGGAAGAAACGUAGAAGUUGAGGUUGAUAAUGCUGAAGAGCAUGGAAAUCAAAGUGUAUCCACCAAUACUGAGAAAAGUAGUGAAAAGAGAGAGCUCUCCUUUACCAAUGUGCAUGGUGAAAGUUCAAAGAAGAGACAUGAAGUAGCUCAAGAGCAAAGGUUUACCGAUUCUGCACCCCUGCGUGCUAAUGAUGAGGUCCAAUCAGCUUCAAAGGAGAUUAGCGAUGAAGAAUACUUGAUGCAAUGUUUUGGAAUUUUGAACAAGAUGGACGAAAUUGAUGAUGACAGUUACUCAAAAGCCUUGAAGCUCUUCCGUGGGGAUCCUACUUUGAGAAAGCUGUUUGUGGGAAUGCCAGAGAAGAGGAGAAAAAACUUCGUCCUCAAUCUUUACUGUACAUGA